AAGUUGAGGCAGGUCUCCAAUCAAUCAGGAUGGAGAUCUUUGGUGACGACGGCAUCGUGGAUUUACUGAUGGUAUUUCCUCAAAAUAUGGUUAUCAUCGGUCCGUUACUUCUUUUUCCCUUGACAUUGGUAUGGAGAUCCACAGUUUGUGCCCUAAGGAGACUAUACAACUCGAGACAAUCUCAACUAGCUGAAAGAAUUGCCAGUCUGUUUAAGGAGAAGUAUGAUUCAUUGGCAAAGAUAACUGAGCAAAAUAUGCGACUUCAGGAUCAGCUCAAUAUGUACAUUCAUUCUAAACACCGCUUACAACAGGAGAAUGAUGAGAUGAAGGUAACCGUCAAGCUGUUGGGAGAGGAAAAUGAGAAUAUGAGGGACAAGGUCAAAGUACUCAAAAAGCACCUUUUAGAGGAGGAACAAAAGACCGCUGACCGGAAUAGCAUGCAGAUGGCAUUACAUGAAAAAGAGUUGCUGCAGAAGACAAUGAAAAUCUAUACGUUAGAGAGAGCUCUGGAGGCAGAGAGGGUGGACAUUGUUCGUCUGCGUCACAGACUGGUGGAAACCACAGACCUGUUGGUGCUUUUAAAGAAAACCCACUUAGCAACCUUGCCUCGGUCAGCUAGUGUUGAUCAUCACAGGUCCCGCUCUCAGAAAUGCAACAGUUCAGCCGUAAUUAAAGACAUUCUCCAUGAACUGGUAAAAAAUGCCUCCGAGGAGUUAAGAGUCUCAACUGAUUCCAAGAACAGAACAGGCUAAUCUACCCUUCCUCUUCCUGCAAGUCCACUCGGCUCUGACAUUAUAUCAUUUAUGAUUUAUUUUUGGUACGAUUUUGACUGGAAAGAAGGAUUGAUUCAUCAAAAGUGAUGAUUGUCUUUAGCACAAAUAAAUUGCAUUUCAUUAAA